AUGAUAGGGCAAGAUAAGCGUAGAAAAACUGCAAUGUUGAAUAUAUAAUCAGCGGCAAUGCAACAGUGCCUCAGCAGCACCUCAACCAUGGUCGCCAGAGUCGCUCUCCUUCUCGCCUUCGUCGCCUUCGCCAGCGGAAACCCCGCCGCGGGGAAGCCAUGGCACUGGAAGUCCCCGAAGCCACUCGUCGACGCCCGCGGACCCGCACCCAAUGGUGUCAGCAGAAUUGUGGGCGGCACUGAGGCCACGCCUCACUCGUGGCCCCACCAGGUGGCUCUCUUCAUCGACGACAUGUACUUCUGCGGCGGUUCCCUCAUCUCCAGCGAGUGGGUCCUCACGGCCGCUCACUGCAUGGACGGUGCCGGCUUCGUCGAGGUAGUGCUGGGCGCCCACAACAUUCGUGAGAACGAAGCCAGCCAGGUCUCCAUGACCUCCACCGAUUUCUUCACUCACGAGAACUGGAACUCUUGGCUGCUCACCAAUGAUAUUGCCCUCAUCAGGCUGCCCAACGCCGUUGAGUUCAAUGACAACAUUUCCACCGUGAAGCUGCCUUCCUCCGACGUGGCCGUGGGAACCAUCGUCACCCCCACAGGAUGGGGCCGCCCCUCUGACAGCGCCGGCGGUAUUUCCAACGUCCUUCGUCAGGUGGACGUCCCCAUCAUGACCAACGCCGAUUGUGACGCCGUGUACGGCAUCGUCGGCAACGGCGUCGUCUGCAUUGACUCCGAAGGCGGCAAGGGAACUUGCAACGGUGACUCUGGCGGCCCCCUCAACCUGAAUGGCAUGACCUACGGCAUCACCUCCUUCGGUUCUUCCGCCCAGAAGACCGGCGUCACUCCCUGAACAGACUUCCUUUAACAUUGCUGCGAACAGGGUCUCUCCUGACUUAGGUCCUUUAUGGAUUAUUCAAGAUCUGUUUCUGUGUGAUUCAUAUAGGUAAUCUAAUAAAGAAAUCUAAAGUCUA